CACUCCCUCACCACCUUUUUCCGCGGCGUCCGACCCCCUGAUCCGCUGUAUCUGCGCAUAGACGCCUCGCUGUAUGCCAUAACCGACCUCCUGUUCGACCGCUCAACGCCUUGCGACCAUGUCUGAUAAGAAAACGCCAAUUCCCGAAGUCCCCGAGGCUGCGCACUCCAAUUUGGACUCAAUGUUGUCGCGAAAGUUUGGCAAAGAGGUCGCCAACUACUUUGCUGGGUCGCCGUUGAACCGCGUCUCUUUCCUGCGGCCAGACACGUCCUUCCUCUCCCAGGCGCUGAGGCAUGACACCUCCAAGUUCAUCCUCUUCAACGAGCUGAACCCGCUGGUCAAGGCCCCCACAGAGCUCGCAUAUGUCAGCUACAAGGACGUCCAGCCCGUGGUUGGCAACCCGUAUCAGAAGCCCGAAGCCGAAAUCAUAGACGACUACAACUCGGCCACCUACCACCCGCAGCUCGUCUUCCUCGGGCUGAACCAGACAAACGGCCCCGCAGCCGCCGACUUCAAAUACAAGGAACACUACCAUGGCCAGCCCUUCUGGGCUCUGGACGUCACUCCCAAAGAGAGCGUGACGACAGCAUGCAAGAAGCUGAUCGCCGAUGUCGAAGGCAAAGGGCUCUACUUCGCGCAAGGUCGGAUGCAACUCUCCCUGCACGCCACAGAAGCCGCCAUGUACGCCGAAGGACGACACCUACUAGACUGGAAUGCGCGCAACCCGUUCUGCGGCGCCUGCGGCCACAAGACGCUCUCGAUCAAUGGGGGCUUCAAGCGGACCUGCCCGCCCAAAGACCUCGCGGCACGGAUGCACGACCCCGGCGCGCCAGCAACACAGCGGCCGGACUGCGCGACGCGCACCGGCGUCUCGAACCUCUGCUUCCCGCGCACCGACCCCACCGUCAUCAUGGCCGUCGUGUCGGCGGACGGGACCCGCGUCCUGCUGGGCCGCCAGCGCCGCUGGCCCAAGUACUGGUACAGCACGCUGGCAGGGUUCCUGGAGCCGGCCGAGAGCGUCGAGGAGGCCGUCCGUCGCGAGGUCUGGGAGGAGAGCGGCAUUCACCUCGGCCGCGUAGUGAUCCACUCGACGCAGCCGUGGCCGUAUCCCGCGAACUUAAUGAUUGGCGCUAUUGGGCAGGCGACGCCGGACGGUGAGGCGAUCCAUCUGGGCCAUGAUGCGGAGUUGGAGGAUGCGAAGUGGUUCGAGCUGGACGAGAUUAGGGAGGCGUUGCGCAUUGGGACAAGUGGGUUGGGCGAGGACCCUGGGCCGGAGUACCAGGAGGGUGGGUUGAGGUUGCCUCCGAGGACCGCGAUUGCGAAUCAGCUUAUGCGUGCUGUGGUCGAGGGGUUUGUGGGUGCUGAGGCGAAGAUAUAGCUGCGUUGGGGUUGCUUAGAUGCAGCUGCUCCUUGCGCUGACGAGCGGUUAAAUAGAAGUGUUGCCUAGCAAGGUAGUAGGUAAGUAAGCGUAUAGCACGCAGUCUCUAAAUAGAAAGAAAGAUGUAAACAACUGUCUCAGAACAAAAUACACAAAUAAACUCAAAGGAAGAGUCCGGUUU